AUGCUCUCGGACUUCUCAUUCACAGGCAAAUCAGCGCUCAUCACCGGCGGAUCGCGCGGACUCGGGCUGUCGGCCGCAAAGGGUCUGAUGGAGGCAGGCGCAUCGACGGUGUUUAUCACAUCGCGGUCGGAGAAGGCGUGUGCAGAGGCGGUCGAGUUCUUGAAUGGAUUAUCAGGGAUCAAAGGCAAGGCAAUUGCGGUCCCCGGGGACUUUAGCAAGGCCGAGGAUAUCUACAGGGUGAAGAAGGUGGUGCAGCAGACGACUGAUAGGCUGAACGUGGUGGUUGCGAACGCGGGCGCGACGUGGGGAGCUCCGUUCGACACGCACCCGGAGAAGGCGUUUGAUCGAGUGCUUGGGCUGAACGUGAAGGGCGUGUUCUUUACUAUCCAGGCGUUUGCAGACAUGCUGGAGAAGGCGGGCACGAGCGAGGACCCGGCGCGGGCGAUUGUGCUCGGCAGCGUCACUGGACUGAUGGUGUCUUCGAACGGCGGCGGAGGGACGUAUGGAUACACUGCGAGCAAGGCGGCGGUGCACCAUCUGGCGGAGGUGCUCGCGGUCGAGCUGGGACCGCGGAAUAUCUGCGUGAAUGCGCUGGCGCCGGGGUUUUUUAGGAGCAAGAUGGCGAACGGGCUGAUUGACAUGAUUGGGGAUGAGAACUUGAGUGAGAUCAAUCCUCGAGGCCGGCUGGGGUUUGCGGAGGAUAUCGAGAACAUGAUUGUGUUUCUGUCGGGGAAGGCGAGUUGUUAUUUGAACGGGGCGAUUAUUCCGUUGGAUGGGGGGUUGCAUUUGGUGUCGAAGUUGUAG